AUGGGGUCCGAUGGUGUGGCUGAUGUUUUUAUUCAUUUCUUGUUGGUUCAAACAAUAGAUUUUUGGGGUGAACUUUUAUGGGAAUCAUGGAAAAUUCACUUGCGUGGGAAACCGUCUUCUCCGGCUACUUGUUUAACGUUAAAUGAUUACAUGGUAGCUAGUAGUAAAAGAAAGGAGGCGGUCUUUGAUGAUACAGUCUUUGAUGAAAUAACUGAUGAUGAUGAUGAUGAUGAUGGCCUUGAUGCUGCGGUAAACAACAUGUGUAAGGCGGUUUUGCAUUACACCUUCUCUGCUAGGGAAGCACAGUUUCUUUCAGCCGCAGACCCUUACACUCUAAAGAAAAAUCGUCUUGAUCCUCAAGGAAACUGGGCGAGCUGCUCUCGCUUUCUGGCUUUUUCUGAACAGUACAGAUCAAAGUUUAAUGAGUUUAUGAAGAGGUUUUCAAGAGCUGGUAUCUAUACUCUAGGAGACUCGUUUCCGGAGUCCUGGAGCAUACAUGAAUUGGCAAUGCUUAAUGAUGAGGAUGUUCUCCAAAUGUAUAAAAACUUCAAGCGGUUUGAUACCGCAGUCGACCUUUCAGAUCAUCUCUUUUCUACUUCACCUGUGGAGCAGACAACAGAACGUUGGGCUGAACGGAUAAGGGACGAGUGGAGGAUUCUUAAAGAACGCUUGCCUGAGACGAUAUUCGUGAGGGUUUAUGAAUCCAGGAUGGAUCUUUUAAGAGCUGUAAUCAUUGGACCAAAGGGGACUCCGUAUCAUGAUGGGCUCUUCUUCUUUGAUGUGUAUUUCCCACCCAUGUAUCCUUGCGUGCCGCCUCUUGUGCGCUAUCACGCAAGUGGUGCUUUUGGUGGCAUCAAUCCGCAUAUGUUUUCGUGUGGUGAAGUUCGCUUGAGCCUUUUCAGACCGUCGGGCCUCACGGGUGAGAGUAUCUGGGUGCCUUUCCAUACAACUAUGCUCCAACUUCUGGUCACCAUACAGGAUCGAGUUUUGAACGCAGCCCCUUUGUUCCACCAACCUGGAUUUCUAGAUUCUGGGCCUUCUGUGGUCGCAGAAUACUUUUCUUUACUAUACAACGAGCGCAUCCUGACUAGAUCACUUAAAAUAAUGACGUAUAUCAUGAACAAACCACCCAAGAACUUUGAGGCUUUUGUAGUUGGGCAUUUUCGCAAUCGCGUGGUUGAUAUCCUAACGGCAUGUAAAGCUUAUAUGGAUGGCGUGCAAGUCGGGUGUGGUGUGGGUAACAAGGAGAGGUGCUGCUCAAUUGAGUUCCGGAAUGAAGUUGCUAUGUGUAUCAGGCACCUUAAAUUUGGUUUUAACAAAAUGGGAGCAACUGAAGCUGAGAAGUUCACAGUUUUAGACGCGCCAACCCCUUCAAGUCCUGGAUCUUACUCUAUUUUCAAAGCAGAGUUUCCGAUUUUGUCGGCUUCAGCAUCAACUAUCUCUGGUGGUUUUGGGUUGACAUCUUCAGUCACAGAUGAAGAGGAGGAUGGUAACUAGGAGAGCUGCUUAAUCAGUUUCAACAAUGCUAGCAUCGUGGAUUAGAGCAUACUUGCUAAGAAUUAGUAGUAAAGUUGUCUAUAAUACUUUUGCUUAAUCCUGUUUUGUUAAUC